CAGGUACUGGCUAGCCCACUUGGCCAUUCAGGAACAUUGUAGUUGCGAGUGUGAAGCAGAGAGACGAGAAGUGAGAACGAAGGAGGGUGCAGCAUGGGUGAUGCAGGUGCAGGUGUGAAAAUUGACGUGUUCUGGGACGAAGGAAUGUUGAAGCACGAUACUGGAAUCGGUGUAUUUGACACGGGAAUGGAAGUAGGGUUCUUAGAGGUGUUGGAGAAGCACCCUGAAAAUUCCGACAGAGUUCGGAACAUGGUUUCUAUCCUGAAAAAGGGUCCCAUCGCUCCUUACAUUUCUUGGAACUCUGGUAGAUCCGCUCUCAUCUCUGAGCUUCUUUCCUUUCACACUCCUGAAUACGUAAAUGAACUCUUAGAAGCUGAUAAAGAAGGGGGCAAGGAGCUUUGUGCUGGGACAUUCUUGAACCCCGGAUCAUGGGAUGCUGCACUUCUUGCUGCUGGAACUACACUUUCUGCAAUGAAGCAUUUAUUGGAUGGCCAUGGAAAAGUUGCUUAUGCCUUGGUUAGGCCCCCUGGUCACCAUGCUCAACCUUCUCAGGUUGAUGGCUACUGUUUCCUUAACAAUGCAGGUCUAGCAGUGCAAUUGGCUUUAGAUUCUGGGUGCAAGAAGGUUGCAGUUAUAGAUAUUGAUGUUCAUCAUGGAAAUGGCACAGCAGAGGGGUUUUAUAAAUCUAAUAAGGUUCUUACCAUCUCUCUUCAUAUGAAUCAUGGAUCAUGGGGUCCAUCUCAUCCCCAAAAUGGAUCAGUUGAUGAGCUGGGCGAAGGAGAAGGUUAUGGCUAUAACUUGAACUUACCUCUACCAAAUGGAACUGGGGACAAAGGUUAUAUAUGUGCCUUCAAUGAGUUGGUUGUUCCAUCAUUCCAAAAGUUUGGACCUGAUAUGAUAGUUUUGGUUGCUGGACAAGACUCUAGUGCAUUUGAUCCCAACGGAAGACAGUGCUUAACAAUGGAGGGCUAUAGAGAAAUUGGACGGAUUGUUCAUGUUCUUGCGAAAAGUGAGAGUGAUGGGCGGCUUCUAAUUGUUCAGGAAGGUGGUUAUCAUGUCACAUAUUCUGCAUAUUGUUUACAUGCAACACUUGAGGGGGUUCUCAACCUUCCUAUCACUCUACUGUCAGAUCCUCUAGGACGAGGGUACCCAGAGGACGAGACAUUUUCAGUCAAAGUUAUAGAAGCCAUUAAGAAUUAUCAAAAAGAUAAAGUGCCCUUCUGGAGAAACUCUUAAGAUUCUUCCUCCUAGGAGUAUGAGAUUCACCUCCAAAUUUCUGUUUACCCAACUCAAUUCAAUUAUAUUUCUGCAAAUUGAGUUGGACUUAUAUUGUUUGACUCAAUUAAAAUUGAGUUGACUAAUCCUAUUAUUCUGCUUCAGCACAAUGUAUGUAAUAUAGAAAUAAUGAAAUGCUUAUUAGCA